CCUCUCCCUUCUCACAAAGUCCACUAGACUCUCAGGAUGUGCUGAAAUGGGAAGGAAGCAUGUUUUGUUGAUCUGUUAAAUUCUUAGUGAAGUUUCCUUGAUUUCCAGUAGCUGCUGUUGUUUGAAUUCGGUUUGGAGCAAAACUGAGGUAGUCCUGACAUUUCUGGGACUGAAUCCAGACAAGGAAGAAGAAAUAGCGGGAGAAGGAAGAGAGGAGAAAAAGGGGAAGGGGAAAACGUCCUUUUUCAACAUCACAUUCCUGUGUUUUCCCUCAGCCUGGAAAACAUAUUAAUCCCAGUGCUUUCACACUCGGAAACAAAGGGACUCAGCCAGACUGUGGGGGAAAGGGUGAUAAGAAAGAUCCUGGAACUCUACAGUGAGAAAGAGCAAGAUUUGGAAAUUGCUGGACUUCAGUUUAAGGGACGUCUGUAUGGCCACAAGAAACUGGCACACAUAGAUACACCAGACCCAGGAGAAAUUGCCGACAAAUGGAGAUACAAACACUCCCCGGGACAGCUCCUUUCAUCUCAUCCCACUCGUCCAGAAGGUAAAAAGAAACAGCCAGAAAGAAAAGGAAUCAGCCCAGCUCUCAGCUCAGGACAGGCUGGGCUCUGAGAGGCUGCUUUGCAAUCCGGAGCUGCAGUUCAGUCCUUUUGUACUGCUCACCCUGGACCAGGAGACAGAGGGCUGAAAGGAAGAGGAUUUCAUCUAGGAAAUUGUCCCAGGGGCCAAACUUCAGAUUUCUUUUGAAAUCCUCUGCACUCCAUCUCUAUGAGCCUCGAAUGGAUUACACAAUGACAUGGAAAAUGGGACCCUAUUUCACCAUGCUGCUGACAAUGUGGCUAGUAUGUGGAUCAGAACCUCACUCCCCUGCCACAGAUAGAGGGAGCCAUGGGGGGCAGAAAAUGCCUUUGGUAUCUUCAAUCAGCAGCAGAUCAUCUCGCUUUCUGAGGCACACCGGGAAGUCUCAUGCAAUUGAGAAGUUCACUCAGGAAGAAUCAAGCCUUCAGCUUCUCCAAAGAAGGAGGAGUGUACCUGUAUUGAGAUUAGCUCACCCGACAAUGAUGCCAGCCCCCUUGGGCAUCAACGGAAUUCCGGUGAGACCCGAGCUGAGACCCACAGAGAGGAGCCCGCCCCGUGAGGUGGUCCGGGAUGAGGGGUCUUCUGCUCGGUCAAGAAUGUUGCGCUUUCCCUCUGGGUCCAGUUCUCCCAACAUCCUUGCUAGCUUUGCAGGGAAGAACAGAGUUUGGGUCAUCUCAGCCCCUCAUGCGUCAGAAGGCUACUACCGCCUCAUGAUGAGCCUCCUGAAGGAUGAUGUGUAUUGUGAACUGGCAGAAAGGCACAUUCAACAGAUCGUGCUGUUCCACCAGGCAGGUGAGGAAGGGGGCAAGGUUAGGAGGAUCACCAGUGAGGGCCAGAUCCUGGAGCAGCCCCUGGACCCCAGCCUCAUCCCAAAGUUGAUGAGUUUCCUGAAGCUGGAGAAGGGUAAGUUUGGUAUGGUGCUCCUGAAGAAGACGCUGCAGGUGGAGGAGCGCUACCCUUACCCAGUCAGACUGGAGGCCAUGUACGAGGUCAUUGACCAAGGCCCUAUCCGCAGGAUUGAGAAGAUCAGGCAGAAGGGUUUUGUCCAAAAGUGUAAGGCCUCAGGUGUAGAGGGCCAGGUGGUGGAGGAGGGGAACAAUGGUGGUGAGGGAGCAGGAAGUCCAAGCCUGGGCAGUGAGAAGAGGAAAGAAGACCAGAGGAGAGCACAAAUCCCGCCAACCAGAGAACCCCGGGUGAAGGUGCUGAGAAAACAGGUCACCACUAAGGCAGCCACUCCUCCACCUCCUCCAACCCUGAGGGCCACCACCCUUCCUCCUACUCCAGUCACAACGGCCACCCGGGCCACAUCCCCGGUGGUAACAGUAGCUGCAAGACCUACAACCACUACCACCUUUCCAACCACCCAGAAACCCUGGACACCCCGCGUGCCUUCCUUCUCAGUCUCCCACAGGCCCCCUGCGACAGCUGAGGUAACCACCGCCAGGGGGCCCUCAGUCUCAGGGCAUCUCUCUCCUCCACCUCGGAAGGAGCAGCCAAGAGAGAGGCCUCAGGCCACCAGGAGGCCCAGCAAGGCCACCAGCUCUGAGAGCUUCACAGCCACCCCACCUAGCACCCUCUGGGAGCCCAACACAAGGGCUGCAGGCCCAGGCCGUUUCCGGGACAACCGCACAGACAAGAGGGAACAUGGCCAUCAGGACCCAAAUGUGGUGCCAGGUCCUCACAAGCCAUCGAAGGGGAAGCUUCCUAAAAAGAAGGCUCAGGACAAAAUUCUCAGCAACGAGUAUGAGGACAAAUAUGACCUCAGCCGGCCCACUGCCUCUCAGCUGGAAGAAGAGCUGCAGGUGGGGAAUACGCCCUCCCAGAGUGCAAAGGAGUCCAAAAAGCACGAAAAGCUUGAGAAACCUGAGAAGGAGAAGAAGAAAAAAGGCAGGAGUGAGAAACAGGACAAGUUACUCAAGAGCGAAAAGCAAAUGAAGAAGGCAGAGAAAAAGAGCAAGCAGGAAAAAGAAAAGAAUAAGAAGAAAAAGGCUGGGAAAGCAGAGCAGGACGGCUACCAGAAGCCCACCGCAAAGCAUCUUCCCCCAAGUCCCAGAAAGGCAGUGGCUGACCUGCUGGGGUCCUUUGAAGGCAAGCGAAGACUCCUUUUAAUCACUGCACCCAAGGCUGAAAACAACAUGUACGUGCAGCAGCGCGAUGAGUAUUUGGAGAGUUUCUGCAAGAUGGCCACGAGGAAGCUCUCUGUGAUCACCAUCUUCGGCCCUGCCAGCAACAGCACCAUGAAAAUCGACCACUUUCAGCUAGAUAAUGAGAAACCCAUGCGCGUGGUGGAUGACGAGGACUUGGUAGACCAGCAUCUCAUCAGUGAGCUGAGGAAAGAGUAUGGAAUGACCUACAAUGACUUCUUCAUGGUGUUGACAGAUGUGGAUCUGAGAGUCAAGCAAUAUUAUGAGGUUCCAAUAGCAAUGAAGUCUGUGUUUGAUCUGAUCGAUACUUUCCAGUCCCGAAUCAAAGAUAUGGAGAAGCAGAAGAAGGAGGGCAUUGCUUGCAAGGAGGACAAGAAGCAGUCCCUGGAGAAUUUUCUAUCCAGGUUCCGAUGGAGGAGGCGGCUGCUCGUGAUCUCUGCCCCUAAUGAUGAGGACUGGGCUUAUUCCCAGCAGCUCUCUGCCCUCAGUGGUCAGGCAUGCAAUUUUGGUCUGCGUCACAUAACCAUUCUGAAGCUUUUGGGUGUUGGAGAAGAAGUUGGAGGAGUUUUAGAACUGUUCCCAAUUAAUGGGAGCUCCACUGUUGAGCGGGAAGAUGUACCAGCCCAUUUGGUGAAAGAUAUCCGAAACUAUUUCCAAGUGAGCCCAGAGUACUUCUCCAUGCUUCUAGUUGGAAAAGAUGGAAACGUCAAAUCUUGGUAUCCUUCUCCUAUGUGGUCAAUGGUCAUUGUGUAUGACUUAAUUGAUUCCAUGCAACUUCGGAGACAGGAAAUGGCCAUUCAGCAGUCACUGGGGAUGCGCUGCCCAGAAGAUGAAUAUGCAGGCUAUGGUUACCAUAGUUACCACCAAGGAUACCAGGAUGGCUACCAGGAUGACUAUCGACAUCAUGAAAGUUACCACCAUGGAUACCCUUAUUAAACAAAAACGUGUAACCCUAACCCCAGCCAGUUUCCGUUUCAGUUGCUAAAGCUGUGCAUGGCCAGCUACAGAAGGGAAGUCUUCCACACUGUGUUCCCUGCCCUUUUCUUUCAGUGUUCUUCCAAGAUUAAAGAAAUAGUAAACUUUCCCCUA